GACACCGGAGAGCUGACGGUUAGACACCGGAGAGCUGACGGUAACAGACCGGAGCCUCCUCUUCCUGUUCCCGCACCGAUGCGUGACAGCGCGUGCACGUGCAGGUAAAACACCUGGUUUGGUCACAUGAUCACUUCUCUGGUAGCUGAUUGGACCAUGUGUGACCGGCGGAGGACCCACGUGUUCCUGGGGGCUCCUCCCCCCCCCUGUGAGCUGGGGGGGUCUGCAGCCGGGGCCCCCCCCACAGCAGGGCCCUCCCCCACAGGCUGGACCCACCUGGAGCUCACCUGGCAGGAAGCACACCUGAGACCUGCAGCAGACGAGGAAGCUGAUAGGUCCACAAAGACUCAGAGUUCAGUUCAGGAGUAUCUGGACCACUGCUUCCCUGGACGAGAACCAGGACCUGGACCAGAACCAGAACCAGGACCUGGACCUCCUGCUGAGCACCUGGUCCAGGACCCAUCGGUUCAGACUCACUUCCUGUCCACGUGGACCCUGAGCCAGGUCCUGGUCCUGAGAGGAAGCCCUGUCCCCCCCCAGCUGCCCCGCCCCCCCCUGAGGGUGCAGGAAGGUGGCGUCGUCAUGGAGACCACCACAGAGGGGGUGCUGUGCUCCCAGGAGGACGACCCCCCCCCAAAAUCACCUGACCUUAAAAAGGCUCGACUCUCUGAAGCCCCCCCCACCAGACCCCGGGGAGCCCCCACCACCGGGCCCUUAGCCCAACCCACUGGGCCCAGAGCCCCCCCCACUGGGCCCAGAGCCCCCACCAACGGGCCCCUAGCCCCCACCACCAGGCCCCGGGGAGCCCCCACCCUUCUGGCCCACUGUGAGGGGGGGGGCCGGUACUCGGUCCUGGUUGCCGUGGUUCAUCCCUGCUACCUGAAGGAAGUCCAGGUGAAGGCGGGGUCCUUGGUGCCUCUGGCUUCCAUCGUUGUGACCGACCAAUCAGCUGCUGACAGGAAGCUACUGCUGUGGAGACGGGCGGCGUUCUGGGUGCUGACCGUCAGCCCAGGAGACAUCCUGCUGAUCACAGAGCUGCAGGUGAGGGAGGACAGAUGGAGAGCAGAAACUGUCCUUCAGUCAACAUUCAGAAGCAAACUGCUCAACCUGGGACCAAUCGCUGGCUCCGCCCCCCCGGCAGCUCCUCAGCAGGUGGAUCCCUGUGCUCUCAGCUCUCUGUGUGGUUUUCUUCAGGAGCAGCGCCCCCUGCUGGUGUCCCUCCCCCGCUGCCCCCCCCAGGACCUGAACCGCCUCCCUUAUGCCACCCUGAGGUCACUACAGGUCAACACGCUGGUUCACGCCCUGCUGCGUGUCACACACACACACUCAGUAUGGAGCGGGGGGGCAGAGUCAGGCUUCCAGCAUCAGACUGUUGUGACUGUGGAGCAGCCGGGCGGUCAGCAGGGGGCGCUGCUGCUGUGGGGAGCAGCUGUGGACUGGCUGCCAAAGUUUAACAGAGACAGAGCUGUUGUCUGGGACGUCCGCUUCCUGUUGGUGAGGGAGGGUUUGACCUCUGACCUCCCAGAGCUGCACUCGACCCCCUGGAGCUCCGUCAGGUCUCUGGACCUGGCAGACCCCCGGGCCCAGGACUGGACCAGGGCCAGCCGGACCAGGACCAGCAGCAGUCUGGAGCUGGACCUCCACACCCUGCUGUCCCAGAGAUACUGUGGUGAGGUGGAUCUCAGUGUCCAGGUCGUCUCCUUCCAGUUCCAGGACUCCCCUCCUUCCCAAAAUGCACAGCGGCAGGUCUUGGACGGCUGCACGCCAUUGGCCGACAUCGUGGCGGCGCUGACUGAUGACAUCACGUACACGGGCUGCGGGCGCUGCGGCGGCGAGCUGGACACGGACGCUAACGGCAUCUACUGCCCCUGUUACCCCUGCCUGCCCCACACCGCCGUACGCCGCUACUACAGGCCAGCUGUGCUGACAGUGAGGGGGGGGGGCUGCAGCCAGGUGUGUGUUCAGGUUCCUCCGGUUCCUCUGCAGAACAUCCUCAACGUUCCACCUGAUCAGCUCCACCGCAGCUCAGCUCCAGGCUCUCAGGUGAAGCUCCUCCAGGUGGCAGCAGAGAGGAUCCGGAUCCUCUUCCUCCCCACAGAAACCGUCAUCAUCACGGUUCGGAGUCACUUCCUGUGCGAUGAAAACAGCGUCCCCAUCACUCAGGACUUCACCCUGCUGGACCUUCAGUUCCCCCCCGACUCUCUGUAGACCAGAACCAUCCAGACUCUGCUCUAAUGUAGAGAACAAGAUGGACAGGAUGUGACUGGAUCACAUGACCUCACCUACAAGUUUACAUUAUAUAGUUACUGUUAAAGCCACCUGAUUGGCUGAGCAGUGUUUACUUACAGCUUCAUGUAAAUAACUUGUUAAAUAUCAUUAUGAGAUAUAAACUGUUUAUUUUAACAUCAUGUUUCUGCAAAUAAAAGCUGGAAACCUUUAAUAUUUACACACUGAGACUCUGAAAUAUCAUCUGGAGCCUUUAAAAGUGAUCAAUCACAUCUUUAAAUCAGUCCUAAAACAAACAG